AUGAUCCCAUUCCCGCUUUUCCAAACGGGGCACACCAGAAUGACAGACACGCCCUCGCGGGUGUCCAUGGCGAAAGUGAUCCCCAAGGAUGCGUCAGGUAAAGUCACCGAGAUGGUUCGUAGCAGUGGCCGUAGUGGCACGAACCAGCACAGCAAAAACGAGUCUCCUGUGUAUGCUCCGAAAACGCCUAAUGGGGUGAGCAGUGCACCGGUGUCGCCUCAAAAGGGGACUCGACUGCACAUUAUGGGCGCCAGUAUGCACGACCUCAAGCUCAACCACAUCUUCCGUCCGCGGGGAAGCAGGAACGGUGGGACUCCAAGUCGUCAGGAAGAUAUUGGCAUCUCCUUCGUGUCGCUGGAGUUUUCCAAUGCAGAAAUGGAGCAACGCUUCACACUGGCGCGAUGUGUGAAAUACCAGACCCGACUCAAAUUUGGAGCAGGGUUUACCGCGUUCUUCAUCCCGCUACUGGUUAUUAUGCAAGUGAGCUUCAAGGCCAACGCGGAAGACGGCACCAAGUGGACCCAGCUACCCCUGGUUAUGGUGUUUCCCGGGGUUGUAACCUUGAUGGGUUUACUCGUGUGCUUCUUUCAGCACUUCUUCAUGACCCACAUGCGAUGGCUAACUCUAGUCUGCCUCGUCGGACAGAUUAGUGCGUUGCUAGACACCACGGCUGCUGGAACUAUGGUGAGCGAACGUAACAUUUGGGUGCAGUUCAUCUUCUCGCUGGGUAUCACGAGUUCGACGGGGUUAACCUUUCUUAAGUCCACGACAGUACUGGUGUGCUCCAGUCUAUUCUUCCUGAUCCUAGCGUGGGUACGUUUCGCUAGUAAGACGUCCACUGAACAGCUGAGUGCUCCAGGAACGGUGAGUGCUGCUAUCAUCCUCUAUUCGAUCCUACUCUGCUUCUUGUCGUGGAACUGGGAGUACGAAGAACGUCGUGACUUCGUGCUGACUGAACGACUAGCUCAGGAGAACGUUAUGGUGCAAAUGACUAUGGAGAUGACGGGCUGGUUCAGUGGUGGUGCAGCGGAUCAAUCACCAGACAACAGAUCCGACGCUGGUGGUAUUCUGAGUGCGAAUUGCCACAUCGACCCCAAGGACGUACUAGUGAAGGAAGAACUGGGUGAAGGCACCUUUGGUUGUGUGUAUGCAGCCACUUGGAAAGAGACUCGUGUGGCUGUGAAGAAGAUCACGUUGCAAGGUGAUACCAAGUCCAUUGUGACAAGUUUUGGCUCGGAAGCCAGCGUCAUGGCUCAACUGCGUCACCCGAACGUCGUCAUGUUCAUGGGUGUCAUGGUUCACCCGGAAUUCGUGGGGUUGGUCAUGGAACUCUGCCCCAAAGGGAGUGUGUACAGCGUCAUCCACAAUGAUGAUGUUAAGAUCGAUUGGUCUUUGUUGCUUCGUAUGAUGGUCGACUCGAGUCGUGGAAUGCACUUCUUGCACUCGAGUAAACCGCCUAUCCUGCACCGAGACCUUAAGAGCGUGAACUUGCUUAUUGAUGCAGACUGGAGAUGCAAAGUGUCGGACUUUGGUUUGUCCAAACUCAAAGCUUUCCGUGAAGAUCGCAACGACGCGAGUAUGAGUGCGAGUACCAAUGCUGGGAACAAGCCCAAUGGCUCUCGCGUAUUCAUCGGCUCGAGUGUAUGGAUUGCACCUGAAGUGUUCAAAGGUGAGGAACACACAGAGAAGACAGAUGUGUACAGCUUUGGCGUGAUCAUCUUCGAGGCAUUGAGUAGCUCCGUACCGUACAAUUCCAUCUCGGUAGACGCUGUUCCCUUCGUGGUACAAGCUGGGAAGCGUCCUAUUGACUUCCACCCACUGGAGUUGCCACCAGGAGAUGCUAUGCAGGAUCUCUACAGCCUUAUGACACGUUGCUGGAGUGCAGAGCUCUAUGCUCGACCAUCCUUCUCCGUCAUCAUUUCAACUUUACAGUCCAUUCUAACCAAACAUUGCGGUGACGAGAAGUGGGAGGAUCAUAUCAUCUACCCUGACCGGAAGAUCGUUAGUGCUAUGAAUGCACCUGCAGACGAUGACGGGUUGUCUAUCCGAGAGGAGGAUUUGGUAGUGGAUUCGGCUAUCGGACGUGGCGUCUUCGGUGUCGUGUACAAGGGCAGCUACUUCGGUACCCCAGUCGCUAUUAAAAAGCUUCAUGUGAGUGGUGUACCUAAGAACACGUUGGUCGAAUUUGAGAAGGAAUGCAGCAUCAUGAAAGGCUUACAUCAUCCGAAUAUUGUGCUGUUCAUGGGCUCCUGCUCCAAGCCACCGACGCUGCUACUUGUCACCGAGCUGCUUGCAAACGGAAGCUUCUUCGAUAUCUACCACAAGAUGCCACGUCCUGAACCAGCUCGACAAUUGCGUCUGGCUUACAGUGUGGCGUUUGAUAUGGCUAAAGGGUUGGCGUACCUGCACAACCACAAUCCGAUCGUGAUUCAUCGCGAUCUCAAGUCCCAGAACAUCCUUUUGGACGACCGGAUGCGUACAAAAAUUGCAGACUUUGGGCUCUCGAAGUUCCGUGAUGUCGGUAAGACCAUGUCGAUCUGUGGUAGUCCGCUGUGGGUGGCGCCUGAAGUGCUGCGUGGAGAGAAGUAUGGCACUCCGUGCGACGUCUACAGCUUCUCCAUCAUUGUGUGGGAAGCUCUAGCUUGGGGAGAACCCUACCCAGAUCUGGGAUCUAGUGAUAUUAUGAACGGUGUCGCGGGUGGGAAUCUGCGCCCGAGUGUGCCGGAUGGAACGCCGGCACCGUUUGCCCGCUUGUUAGAAGAAUGCUGGACCAAAAAACAGGACCAACGUCCAACGUUUAACGAACUCGUACCAAGACUCGAAGCCAUGGGCAAGGACUUUGGAGCCUAG